GCCCGGCGGAUAAAUGGGAGUGGCGGUGGCACUGGUAACACUGCUGGCAGCCAGUGAGCGGAAGAUUUGUAAUCUCUGUCACAGAGCUGCCGUGCCAUUGGUUUCUACAGGGAGAGCUGCCGCCAGAGAGUCAGUGAGGCGACAAACUAGGGGAUGGUCCCGGGCUGAGUCCUCAACAAUGAGCCGGGCUAAGAGCCGCCUGCUCCGCACUUGACGCAACCCGUCUGAACUUACCGCGGUUCCACCGCAAACCCAACACUGGUGACAUUUUGCACAUUUCAGUCGCCGAGACGCCUCUUGAAGGACACCGGCUCACCUCAUGAUUUCACCCUGCUAACAAAAAAAAAAGCUCCUGCGCGGCACAACAGUUUCUUCAUGGCGUCUCCGCAACAGUCAAGAAUUCAGUCGUAUCUGGAGAAGAAUAAAAUAGGACCCUUGUUUGAGGAGUUGAUGACCAAAUUGAUAACUGAGACUCCAGACCAUCCAAUCCCUUUUCUCAUUGAUCACCUGCAGACCAAGCAAGACAGCCCUGGCAAGCUGCACAGAGCUCUCUCUGGCUCUGCAGCACUGUGGGCGCAGAGCUCCCCAGAAAGCAAAAACCCUCGAAGGGAGUACAGCAACUAUGAGAAGCCAUGGCAAAUUCACCCAAAGAAACCAAAAAAAUCCAAGAGCGACCUGGCUGUUUCUAGCAUCUCUCCUCCCUCACCAGAAUCCAAGUCUUUGCCACGGUCAAUCGAGUACCCGUCCUGGGACUGGAGGGAGAGCCGGGACUUUGACGAGCUCAACCACAUCCUGCAGGAGAGCAAGAAGCUGGGCAAGGCCCUGGAGAGUCUGUCACGCAGCAUUGCCAUCUCUGAUGAGCUCGACCAGAACUUGGGAGGCUAUAACUCAGUGUUGCGCCCUCGUGUGGUGGGGGAGUGGGUUGGUCGGGAAGAAGAAGACGCGGACCCACUGGCUGCUGAGAUGCUGCAUCCCCCCGUCCCUCGGGCUAAAACUGAAGUGUGCUGGAGUGGGGACAGCAGCCCUGCUGGGAGCCUGAAGAUGGAAACAAAGAGCAAAGGGCUAAGGGAGCAGCAGCAGCAUCACAAGAAGCUCCUGGCAGCCAUGUUGUCCCAGGAUUCCUUUGAUUCGGUCCAUAGCCCUGCCCCCUCCAUCACAGAGGAAGAGAUGGAGGACGAGGACGAUGCCAUGGAGCUUCUGGAGGACCUGGAUGACCUGCGGAUGGAGGGUGUGACCGGCUUGGCUCCAUCCGGCAGUAAGUUCAGCCAGGGACGCAGCUCCUAUCAGCCUGAACCGCAGGCCAAAGUUACACUCAACAUCUGCUCUAGGUGUGCCAGGUUGCAGGGGGACAGUCUAUCAGACAACAGAUCUGAAGAGGAGCACAGGCCUCACAUAUCUGAACAGGCUGUACCUGACAUCUCCUCUCCAUUGCCCGGGGUGGACACAGUGGCGGGACGGUUGCAGGAAUGCGAGGUCUUGUCUCAAGUGUCAGCCUCUCGUCAGGCUGUCUGGGAGGCUGAUCUGAAGGCUGUGAGAGGUGGGAGCUCUGUCGGGCAGACGGGCCUGCUACUGGGUGACUCCCUCUUUUCUAAAGAGCUGGAGAACAUGGGCAAACAGCUCGCUGAGGUUGAGAAGGACCUGGCCAAGCUGGCAGAAGUAGGGAAGAUGACCACUCGAAGCUCCAAUAAUCCGCACAGUAGUCUGCUCCACACCCCUCUGCGCCACAGAACGCUACCCGACACACUUCCUCUCACCAGCCUGGUCUCCAGACCCCAGUCUCCAGCUGGCAGCCUCUCAGGCAAGCCCUGUGGUGUGGGCCUCCCUCUGCUCAGCCCCAAGCCCACCUCCCUGGUCAUGGGUCGGACUCAAUCUCCCAGCAACCCAGGGAGCAGGACUCAAACCCCAAGAACGCCCAGCAGGCCCCUGACCCCGAAUAGUUUACUUACACGCUCCACCUUUAACCCUGGAUCUCAUAAAGAGGUGACCUUCAGGAGGUCGCGGAGCCGCCCCGUGACACCCACAAGUCAGCCCAUACAUCCCCGACCGCUGCUCACCCCUCCUGGACUAAGCACUACAGACAGCCUUGGUGCCAGCCUACGGGCCUAUCUGUCUGAGGAUGAGUUCUACCAGCAGUUACAGGCCAUCAGACAGCCAUGGCAUAUUCCCAGUGACACAGACAGUGACAUCCUGGAGCCUCCUGAGCAGGAUAAGAGUGGUGCACGAGAUGCCAAUAAGAGAUCUGUGUUUUCAGGCCUAUAGUGACGAAGACCAGGGACAUUGAUCCAAUCAAACUAUUAUGCAAACCACUGGACAUUUUGAAUAUGUGUACAGAGACAAUUAUUUUUAUAAUUCAUAUGAAUGAAAAAAAAGAGAAAGAUUGUAUACUUUUUUCACAGAUAUUUCAUAGACAUUGUAAUGUAACUGUAUGAUAAAAUGUGAAAAUAUUACUUCAGAGUAUGGAAUAUAACAUUUAUUUUUGUUUGCUCUAUAGCAUGCUAUUGAACUUCCAUGUGGAGUCCAGAAACAGAUGCAUUUUGUUGUUGCUGGACUCCUUUUUCUAAGCCUAGUGCAUAUUCACAUUAUGAGGGCAGCACAUCCAUAUAAAGAAAGCAUUUAUUGAUAUGCACUGUUAAAAGAUGUAGUGUUUUUAAAAAAAAGCAAAUACGCAAGUUGUGGAGGGAGUACAAGGAAUGCUGUUAUAUUAAUUAAAAUGAUUUGGUGCACAUGUCCCCAUUCUGUUUUUGAUCCUAAUUCAUCCCACCUUGGUAUGUGCUUUCUUUAGAUUUAGAUCCUACAUACGAACACUAAAAGACUCCUCCCCUGUCUCACUGAAAAACAAAUUGAAGUCAUAUAAAUGACUAAAACUGCCAUAACACAGUCUAUGUUUAAUCUAGUCUUUCCCAGAUACACGAUCCAUCUAACUUUGUGUCUCACAUGUACUGUGGUGCUGACAGAGACGUAGAAAUCUGUUCUGACCAUGACUACAUUUGCUUGUGUGUGUUUGCCUGGGCACGUGUUGGUUAAACUGUGGUUGUCUGAGUGUUACACAGGCGACGUCAGCUCUGGAGACACACACGCCAUGGACACACCCUCCAGCCUGACGCAGUCUGAUUGCUCCAUUCAAACCCUACUGAGCUUUGUGGUAUGGUACACCCCGCAAUGCCAACUUUUCAGUCUGUCUCUCGGGAUGUGGUCAACAAAACUAAUCAACUCUCCAGUCUUAUUUCACUGAGGGUGAUUCCUGUAAAAGGAUGUGUGAGAAGACUAAUCACUGAAAACCCCAUCCUGUAAAACAUAGUAUGUGGAUUCAUGUCCUAUGUUGUUCAGCACAUCAUGUGCUCAUUGGAAAGGGAUGUGGUUUUAAAAGAUCUGUGGAAGAAUUUGAGGACAUGGCAUAAUCGAGUCACAGUGGUGCCUUGAUAUAAUCCUAAUAUCACUAGAAACAAUAUUUUCCUGUCAGAAAAGGGAAAUUACAAUUUUCACAUUUCAUAUUCCAUUUUCACUUUGUUGAAGAGGAGUUGGGAGUGUGAUUGCCAUCUGUUCUUGUUCCACAGAUCACCAGCGCACUAACUCCGUUUAUACUAUCAAUAUUUUCUUGGAGUUCAUGUGUCUCCUCCAGUCUUUCAUUUGUUAUGUCAGCAAAAUAUCAAGGCAUGAGGAGUUCUGGAAUAAGACGAGACAGUUUGGGAGAUGAAGACUUAAAUUACUGCCACAGAUGUCACACAAAGACAGCGCUCUGAUGCUUUUCCUCCCUCUGUGUAUCUGUGAAUGUCUCCGUAUGUCACAUCUUAUAAAGAUGAAAUGGUGGGGCCAUUACUGAUACCUCUUUUUGCCACAACGUGUAUAGGAUCAUAUUUCAGAUUAUAACCAUAUGAUUAUUCCAAAGAUGAUUGUGAGCCUUCAUUUUAUGCUGCUCAUGUAUAAUAAUUUAGCUCAAACUAAAUAUAUCUUUAUCAAUCACAUAUGUCAUAAUUAAGAAUCAGACAGAUCAAGUUUUAUAACAUCUCUCUGAAGUAUGAAACCUCCAAUAUCUUCUUAAAGUAUGUUUACUGUGCAGGCUUUAUACACCAGGCCCAUUCAAGGCGACUGCAGGGCCACCCAGGAAUAGCGGCGGCCAUCACUGUACUUACUGGGAGAUCUGGACCACCAUCAAUGGUCAGCAGGCUGACCUAGGUCUUAAUUUACAAAUGAACAGACUGGGAUUUAUCCUGACGUACAGCACAAAUAAUAAAUCUAUGGUGGAAUAGGGGUGUGCUUUGAAGAGAUAUAAAGUCAGUAUCGUUUACUGCUUGAAAUGAAAAAGUAAACUCCUGCAACCCUCCCCCCCCAUACGUUUCUCUAAUUAUAAUAUUAAAAGAAAGCAAUCUGAAUAAAUAUCUAGUUCUUCAAGCUACACUACCCUUACACUAUGUAUGAUUAUGCAGAAGCUCUUUGUUAAACCACUUUUUGUGAGAACUACUCUGCAUGACCAUCCGGGGAGGCUUGUGUGGCUCCUUUUCAUGGCAAUUUAAAACAUAAUCUCCAAUCUGGAUUUUGUUUUCUGUGUUCGUUGAAGUGUACUGCCUGUUCUCACAGAGCUAAUGAAAUCAGCCCUCACUGUUCUUUAGCUGUUGUUAACUUCUUCAAGCCUGUCAUCAACAUGAAAGUUAAAAGUGUUGCUCUGUGCUGUUAUUUGAAGGCAGAAGUUUUGCUCCAUAAAGCAGCUCACUUUGUUUUAGAAAAUCUGUAGUAAUAAAUCUCCAUAGAUGCAGUAAAAGCAAAAAUAAUUUGACCAUUAAAGCAUUGCAUUUAAUCACUACGUGGUCAAAUUGUGCUACAUUGUGUGUAUUGGAACCAAUGGUUAAAAUUGUGACUAUUCAAAUAAUAUUUCUGAAUAUCUGAGCAUGGUUAUGGCUGUUUAUUUGACAGUGUAUUGCAAAAAGUCUUUCAGGGGUCCCAGGUGCAGCAGUCAUAUGACUAGCAGAUUUGAUUUGCGACCACUACACCGAAAGCACAGCACAGCACUGUUAUGAGAGCUCACAUGUAGCAAUGAAAUGCAGAAUUGUGUAGCCUAUUUAUGUACAGAAUUUUCAAUAAUAAACAAUUGUUCCUG